AUGUCGCGUGGUCCACGAUAUGCGAAGCGGUUUAUUUCCAGCAGUGCCUUUUUGAUCCGUCAACUGUUUUGUCUUCUUCUCGCUCUUCUUGUGCUGGCGAUUAUUAUUCUUCUUCCUCCAUCGGGAAAUGCCGUGCGGGGUCGGGUCCAACACUACCGGCGUGAAGAGUUUCGACAACGGGAGGAGACGCUUCUACCGGAAGUACUUUCCCCUGAUGUUGGAACCCCACCGUGUGAUGAUGAUAAUGGUUUUUGUGAGGUCUCUGAUGAGGUGAACAGAGAAAAGACAGUGGAAGUAAUGAUGUUUAUUGUUUUUCAUCGUCGUUUAUAUGAGAAGUUGUAUGAAGGACUUUCAUGGUCUUUACUUUUACCUUUACCACCCAGUAAUAGCCAUACGCAGGGACGUGGGGAUGAGGAGAAUAUGAAUGGGAAUAAUAUACAAUCUCCAGAGAUAACCACAAGAGAGAUUGUGAAUAGUCUAAAGAUAUACCGUGAAAAUGAAGGUAGACAAAAUGGAAAUCGUAUUUUUUUUCUAGCUACAAAGGAACCACUGGAUAUACAGUAUUCAUCAAAGAUGAUGGAGGGACGUUUAUUGCGAGAGUGGGAAAUGCCAGGAUUUGUUGCCAAUGAAAGUUUUCUGCAAAUAUAUAGUGCGAUUCUUUCAGUUUACAGAAGUGGAAUGAUUGGAAAACCAUCUUCUUCUCUUAGUAAUAGUCCGAGUAAAGAUACAACAACAACAAGAACGGAAGAAUCAGCCGUAAUAAGAAGAGGAGGAAGUGACACAAAAUCAGAUGAAGAAUGGAUUGCUUUUCUUGAAUACGAUAUGCGUAUUGAUCAACAGCUUUUACGUCGUAUUCGACAUCGAAUACAACAACAACAACAACAACAACAAGAACAUCAUUCAAGAUCCUCUCAUUGUUGUAUUUUUUACGGUUCUUCAUAUAAUACUCUUUUCUUACUUAAUAAUUCUCUCGGUCAUCGACUGUUAGAAGAAUACAAUCAUUUUUUUCACAAAUCCUUUUCUCUACGAGAUCUUCCACCUGUAAGUGCGACAGGGGCAUUUAUUAUACCCUCUUCUGUAUUUCAUCGCAUUGCUCCCUUCUUAGAGAGUGUGGCCACACAAUUGGUGUCUAAUCGUGAAAGCCGCAGAAGUACAUCCGCCAAUGCAGGCUUCUCAACAGUGGAUCUUAAGAAGAGUAUGAGCAGCACAGGCAGCAGUCCAUACGUAAGUUCAUCAUUAGAAGUGAUGGAAGGGGCACUCGCAUUGAGUUUGGGUCUGGAAACGGCGUAUGUGCAUGUAGAGAUGCCCAUUCGGCAUUUGACUGAGCGUGAACUGGAGGAGGUUGGGGAAGAAUAG